GAAGUUGUGGUUGUUGCGCGCUGCGAGCCCGAGUCAGUUCCCGCCCCAAGAUCCGAGCGGCAGUCAUUGCGAGUGGAGAGUCGCAGUGCUUCUAGUGCUGUGUUAGACAGGCCACACCCACGGCCGACUGCUUCACCUGGCGCGCAGCGAGCGUUCGCGUCACAACACCAAAAUUCAGUGAAUGGAAUGCCAAUGGCUGACGGCUAUAGAUUGGGAUUGCUUGUUAUUAAGGUAAUGCUUGUAAAGCUCUGUUCCUGCGGUGGAGGAGUUAGGGACGUGGAUGAUGAUUGCAAUAAUAAUAUCGAUUUCGAAAACGAGGACUUGCAACAGCAAAAACUUAAGGACGUUAAUGAAAAUAAACAAUGUUGUUGGCGAAUUUGGUCAAAAAGAAAAGACGUAGGAAGUUCUAAGAAUCAGUCACCCACUCCUCCGAAUGUUUUUGAAGGUCCGAUGACGAUUCUCUCAGAUGUUUCUUUCAACACUUCUAUGUCAACAGAGGACGCAUUUUGGUGA